CGACUCCCGGCUCACGGAACAGCAGCCCUGGCUGACGAGCGGAGGGCGGAGAGGCUGAGUCCUGGAAGCGCUACUCCGCGCUGGGACUGGCUCCUUCGCAGCCAUUUUCUGUCCAACCAAACAGCCGAUUCGUGCAGGGAGCCAACCAGGGCCGCACUGGAGAUGGACGGUGAUAGCUCUACAACAGAUACAUCCCAGUUAGGAAUUUCUGCAGACUAUAUUGGAGCAAGUCAUUAUGUGAUUCAGCCACACGAUGGAGACACAGAAGAUAGCUUAAAUGACCCAGAUGACACAAAUGGCUCUAAAGAGACUUUCAGAGAACAAGAUAUUUAUCUGCCAAUUGCCAAUGUGGCACGGAUAAUGAAAAAUGCCAUACCACAAACAGGAAAAGUCAGUGACUCGCAUACUAGUAGGAUGAUGAUUAUGACCCCAGGGCUUGAAUGUGUGAUGAUAGCAAAAGAUGCUAAGGAAUGUGUACAAGAAUGCGUGAGCGAAUUUAUAAGCUUUAUAACCUCUGAAGCCAGCGAAAGGUGUCAUCAAGAAAAACGAAAAACCAUCAAUGGCGAAGACAUUUUGUUUGCCAUGUCUACCCUAGGGUUUGAUAGCUAUGUGGAACCAUUAAAAUUGUACCUCCAGAAAUUCAGGGAGGCAAUGAAAGGUGAGAAGGGUCUCGGUGGAACGGUCACGGGAGGAGAUGGUCUUGGAGAAGAGCUAUCGGAGGAUACCUUUACGGGCCAAUUGCCAGCAGGCUUGAUAACUACAGAUGGACAGCAGCAAAAUGUUAUGGUGUAUACAACCUCAUAUCAACAGAUAUCGGGUGUUCAGCAAAUCCAGUUCUCCUGAUUUUUAAAGAAAUGCUUCUAUCUGCAAACUUGAGUCAGGAAGAAAGCUAUAUGUAUUUGAAUGCCAUGUUGGAUUGCAAUGGAGUGAGAGUUUUUUUAUUUUCUAUUUUGUUUUUGUUUUAAUUUAACUUUUUUUGUAUAUUAAGUUGCUGUAAUGUAGCUUCCUUGGGUGUGUUGCAUAGGGUGAUGACCUCCACCUUUUUUGUGGUUUAUUUUCCCCUCCAUCGAUUUUAAGUAUUGGGUUUUAAAACUGUUAGGGUUUUUUUUUUUGUACAAGAGUUGUUUUUCUGACUCCUGUAUGCAUUGUAAAUUAAUGAUUUAUUACUGUCUGAGAUUUUUUUUAGACAGUUUAUUAUUUUCAUAUUGAACCAUGUAACUUCUUUUUGUAAAUCAAAUAAAAGAAAUGACUUAAAAGUGUAA